AUGAUCAAGGCAUCCGUGGUUCAGGCAUGCACGGUUGGCUACUCGCUAUCCAGCACUCUCGAUAAACUGGAACACUUUGCUCGGGUUGGCAAGGAAAGGGAUGGGUCCGAACUAGUUGUGUUCCCGGAAGCCUUCAUUGGUGGCUACCCCAAAAUGUCAACAUUCGGAACUGUAGUGGGCGAUCGCUCCCCAGAGGGCCGAGAAGAAUUCUUGCGUUACUAUAACGCCGCAAUCGACGUUCCUUCCCCUGCCGUUUCUCGCAUCGAGUCCGUUAGCAAGGAUCUCGGCGUGUUCAUCGUGGUCGGUGUUAUUGAACGCGAUGGCGGGACAUUGUACUGCACUGUCCUGUUCAUCAGCCCCCAGGACGGUUUUGUUGGAAAACAUAGGAAAUUGAUGCCCACGGCUUCUGAGAGACUGAUUUGGGGCUUCGGGGACGGCUCCACUCUUCCAGUAGUCGAAGCUAAAUUCAAUGACACACUCGGCGCGCAAGCUUCUGCGAAGCUCUCGGCUACUAUAUGCUGGCAAAAGCAUCUUCUUCAGGGAGAAUUAUAUGCCUUUGCAACCUACUACUAUUCGCAAGGCACUCAAAUCUACUGCGCACCGACAGUGGAUGCUAGGCCAGUCUGGCAGAAUACCAUGACCCACAUCGCCAUCGAAGGUCGUUGCUUCGUCUUGUCGGCAUGCCAGUUUGCGCAAGAAAAGGACUACCCCCCGGAUCAUCCUGUUGCCGAUACUAAUAAUCGAAAGCCAGACAAUAUUAUGAUCGCUGGUGGAAGUGUUAUCAUCAACCCAUUGGGCAAAGUCCUCGCUGGGCCACUUUUAGGAUCUGAAGGGGUACUUACUGCGGAGCUGGACUUAGAUGAUUGUAUUCGAGGGAAGUUCGACCUUGAUGUCGUGGGCCACUAUGCAAGGCCUGACGUUUUUGAGCUAAAGGUAAACAUACCAUAA